AUGUCGUUGAAGAAGGGUAAAAUUAGACCUGUCAAGCGCAUGACGGUUGACAAUACACAAGAAUACGAUGAAGGUUUCGACAUUCUCAGUAGUGCAAUUACGGUAAUUUUUCAAAAGCAAGCGAGAGAACUUUCCUAUGAGUUAUUGUACCGUACAGCCUACAAGUUGACGAUUCGACAAUUCGGUGAACGACUGUAUCAUGACGUUGAAAAGGUUAUCGCGCAAUAUUUAGAAAGCACAGCAGAAAAAACCAUUGUACCUGCAUUCAUCAAUUCUUCGUCCGAAUCAAGCAGUACAGCCGAUGCUGGCGCAUUGUUUCUUCAGACCAUCAAGAGAGUUUGGGAUGACUUUACAACCGCCAUUGACCUGAUUUUGCAAGUGUUAUAUUAUCUCAAUGAAAGAUUACCAAAGUACAACUUACCUAGUGUGUACGAUAUGGGUUUAAACCUGUUUCGUGAUAAAGUGAUCAGAUCGGAAAAGUAUCCUAUCCAAAAGCAAUUGAUAUCUGCGAUGUUGACACAAAUUCAAUUGGAACGAAACGGGGAUGUAAUUGAUCGCAGUGCCAUUCAGUCAGCUGUCGCCAUGCUGGUGGAACUCACAGACCCUUUGACAGGAAACACAGUAUAUGCCGUGGAUUUUGAAGCAGAAUACUUGGAAACAAGUACUUCAUUCUAUCAAAUUGAAAGUCAAAAAUUAGUUUCUUCCUAUGACGCUCCUGAAUUUAUGCGAAAGGUGGAGAAACGUUUGGAGGAAGAAUAUGAAAGAACAAUUCACUGUUUAUCAAUGACUACAGAAGUGAAGAUUAGAACGAUUGUGGAAACCCAAUUAAUCGCCAAUAAUAUCAAGACAUUGAUGGAAAUGAAGAAUUCAGGACUAGAGAGUAUGUUGACUGCUGAUAAAUACGGAGAUUUAUCACGCAUGUACAGUUUAUUUGCGCGCGUACCAGCUGGCCUGAGCGAAAUGAAGAGCAACAUUAGUAAAUAUAUCCUCACCAUGGGUGCCGAAAUUAAUCAACAUAUCAAUACUGAUUUAAAAUCAAAGUCCACUGCCGAAAAGGGGUCUGGAAAUGUUGCCAUUUGCUGGGUAAUGGAAGUGUUGACCUUGCAAGAGAAAUUCGAUAAAAUAUUGGAUCUUGCCGCUGCUAAGGAUAAGUCUUUCCAAACUGCCUUUAACGAAGCUUUUGAAAAGUUUAUCAAUGACAAUCAAAAGUCAGCCGAAUUUAUUUCCUUGUUUAUUGAUGAAAAUUUGAAGAAGGGACUCAAGGGUAAAUCUGAGGAUGAAGUGGAUGAUGUCCUUGACAAGACGAUUACAUUAUUUAGAUUUUUACAGGACAAGGAUGUUUUUGAACGCUAUUACAAGCAACAUUUAGCAAAACGUUUAUUGUUCAACCGAAGUGUAUCCGAUGACGCAGAGCGAGGCAUGCUCUCCAAAUUAAAGAGAGAAUGUGGUUAUCAAUUUACCAACAAGUUAGAAGGUAUGUUUAAUGAUAUGAAGUUAUCUACCGAAAUGAAUGGUUACUUUAAGGACUAUCUUGAGAAGUCAAUACCUUCACAAGAAAUACCCACGCUUGAUGUUUCCGUCACGGUAUUAACAUCAACUUUUUGGCCGAUGAAUUUAUCGGCCUCGCCUAAAUGUGUCAUGCCUGAUAUUGUGUUACAAGCAUGUAAAGCAUUUGAACAUUUCUAUUUCGAUCGACACAAUGGUCGUCGUCUUACAUGGCAACCACAAAUGGGUUCUGGUGAUGUCCGUGCGCACUUUAAAAGCAGCAAGCAUUUAUUAAAUGUAUCUACAUAUGCAAUGGUGAUCCUUUUAUUGUUCAACAAGGAGGAUACAAUGUCUUGGGAUGAUAUCAAGAAUGUAACACAGAUUGCAGAUCAAGAUUUGAAGCGUACUUUGCAAUCUUUGGCAUGUGCCAAGUUCAAAAUUCUAACAAAGUCAUCUAAAGGACGGGAUAUUUUACCCGAUGACACAUUUUCUUUCAACAAGGACUUCACCUCCAACAUGACACGUAUCAAGAUUCAGGCAUUAGCAUCAAAAGUUGAGUCGGAUGGAGAGAGAAAGAAUACACAGGAUAAAGUGGACGAAGAGCGUAAACAUCAGAUCGAAGCUUCCAUUGUGCGUAUUAUGAAGGAUCGAAAAUUGAUGGAACAUAAUUUGUUGAUUGCGGAAGUAACAAAACAAUUGAGUUCAAGGUUUAUGCCUAGUCCAGUCAUGAUUAAGAAACGCAUUGAGGCACUGAUCGAUCGUGAGUAUCUGGAAAGAAGUACAGAUGACAGACGUUCAUAUCAUUACCUGGCAUAA